AUGAACAGAGUAAUAAUAAGAAGGAUAGCGACCAAAUCAACGUCAACACUUCGACCCUUCCAUGAGAUAUUUCCACGAAAGAGGUUGAUUAAUAGAAUCCUUUUUGAAUUGGAUAGUAAUGAUACCUACAAGACAUUGUAUCCGAAUUUUGAAACUCUCUACUUGAAGCAUGAGUUGCCCUCAACAGUUUCUGGUCCGCAGCUUUUAUUAAUGGAUCGUGUAUUGUUGGAAGUGAGUAAGCAGCAGAAGAUGAUUAAUGAGGUGUUGAUGAAGAUGCGUGGUGAGUUGUUAGAAUUGGCGGCUGGUAAGGGUGAAAAUGAUGCCAUCUCAACUGUUUGCUAUAAUAUUCUAAGUUCACCUAAGGAUGACUCUAAGGGGGAUGCUGAGGAUGCAUCUCGAUUGAUUGGAGAAUUGGUUAAAGCUGGUAAUGUACUGACUUUCAAACAUUUAGGUGAUUUGUCUCGUCUGAAGGGUGAUAUUAAUGAAGCUAAGCUAUGGUAUGAUAAAUUUAUGGAGUGCGUAGAUCAGGAUGAAACGCGUGUAAGUGAUGUUUCUAUUAUUGGACAAGUACUCGAAAGAUUAGGUGAAAUUGAAUUCAAUCAAAGUCGAGUUCUAGGUGCUGAGAAGUAUUGGCUGGAUGCUAUUGCUAGAAGUAAAUUGGAAGAUUCUGUCAAGUCAUAUUUUUAUCUCUCCAAAGUAUAUUUAAACUCUGAACCUCUUAAAUCUAGAGUUCUCUUGGAAAAUUGUGCUACUCAGGGGUUUAGAGAAUCAUUUAAAGAACUAGGAUAUUUGGAAUUGAAUUAUUUUAAAAAUUUAGUGAAAGCGAACGAAUGGUUUAGAUUAGGGAUGGAAUUAUUUGAAAUUGAAUGCUUUUUUGGGUUCUUUGAUUCAUGUUACCAAUUAAAAGAAUAUAAAUCUUGUUCGAAAUGUUUAAAAAGUCUAGAAACAUUUAAGAAUAUUAACGAGAGUUAUAAAAAAUAUGGUUUCAGAAUUCGUAUCUCAUAG